UUGGGAGAGAAUACAUUGAGGUCGUCAAGGGCGACCUCCAGGUAAUUAAAUGCACUACACAUUUAUAUAUGAUUUCAUUUGAAACAUAUCUAACUUUAACCAAUCUAAUGUGUUAUGUUUGUAAUGUGCAGCGAUUGUUUGUGCUUGAUUUCAAUGAUCAAGCAAUGAACAGGUUUGUUGAGCAUCAGAUGCUCACGACCUUUAAAGAGUUCCAGGCCGACUGUCAUAGACAUUUCAAAAAGUACAGCGACCCGGAGGAGGCUCGUGCCAACCCACCAAACGCAUUGGUUGGACGUGAUGAGGAUUGGCACUUCCUCUGCGACCAUUAUAUCAGCCGUGCAUUCCAGGAGCAAUCACGGACAAACAAGGCUGCUAGACAGAAGCAGCCUUACAAUCAUAGUAGCGGGUCCAAGUCGUUUCUACAACGACAGUAUGAGCUCCCUGAAAGAAGAGGGCAGCCGGUCGAUCGUGUGGAAUUGUUCCGGGAAACACACGUUCGAGCUGGGACAUUCGUGUCGCAAGCCGCCGAGGAUGCGCAUAAUCAAAUGCUGGAACUCCAAUCCCAGCCUACCCCAAAGGGUAGUCAGCCACUCUCUGAGGAUGAGAUAUGCGAUCAGGUGUUGGGUAGACGACCAGGCUACUCAAAAGGCCUUGGUUGGGGACCUAAGCCGAAGGCCCGCAGAACGGCAAGUGCAAGCAGUUCGUCGACAUCUUGUUCGCAGUCCACACAAAAAGAGAUUGAAUUACAAGCUAAACUUCAUGAAGCUUUGGAACGGAUUGAAGUACAAGAUAGAAAUCACCAAGCAUUAGCUUCAUAAGUGGAAGCUAUGAAAAAGAUGAUUGAAGACCUAACUCGUGCACAACAGGGACCACCACAUGAUCCCUAGC